CAGUGUGCACUCCACUCGCUCCCCUGCUCACACUCAGGACUCCUUCUCCUUUGCACUUCAUGAAGAUUUUAGUGUCUUCUCUGCGGCCGACAUGCUGCAAUGUGUGCACGGAGCCCUGCGCAGGCGUCUUCCCCUCCUGAUCCCCCUCCUGUACGUCCUAUCUUCUUGCCUCGGUGAUGUCCAGCAGACAGAUACUCACUUUCUGCACCGCAGGAAAGACCAUCGUACCAAGACCUUACCACCAGCGUAUGAACUGGUUGAUCCCGUCAAGGUAGACGAGUAUGGAAACUUCUUGUCCUAUAAUCUAACUCAUCAUGAAAAUCUCAAGAGAAGAAAGCGAGACACCCGUUCUGAGAAGGUGCACUACAGGAUUCGGCAGGGAACAAAGGACUUAUAUUUCAACUUAACCGUAAAUGAAGGAUUUGUGUCUGAUAAUUAUAUUCUCGAAAGAAGAACUGGAAACCAAAGUGGAGUAAGGAUUACCCCCCGAUCGGGAGUCUCCUGCCAUUUCUCCGGCACGGUACAACAACAACCAGAUGUUGGGUUCGGUUACGCAGCUAUAAGUGCUUGUGAUGGACUGGCUGGAUUUUUCCAUCUUCCCCACGGAGAUUAUUUCAUUGAACCUUUACAAAAUAUAGAAGCCACAGGAAUGCAUCAAAAGCACAUAAUAUACAAGAAAGAAGCGGCACACCAGCAGCGGCAUCGCAGGGACCUUCACUUUAUUGGAAACCAAUCAUGUGGAGUAAUUGAUGACCUUAACUCUGUUCUCCAACAUGAACACCAAAGAGAGAAAUGGGAGAGGAUGCACCUGAAAAGCCGAAAAAUCUCUCCCCGGUCGGUCAGCAAAGAACGAUGGGUGGAAACUCUGGUGGUCGCUGACACCAAAAUGAUUGAAUAUCAUGGAAGUGAGAGUAUAGAAUCCUACAUCUUCACCGUGAUGAAUAUGGUAGCCGGAUUGUUCCAUGAUCCCAGCAUCGGUAAUGCCAUUCACAUAAAAGUGGUGCGGGUCAUUCUGCUGGAGGAAGAAGAAGAAGGCCUAAAAAUUGUCCACCAUGCCGAUCAGACUUUGGCCAGUUUCUGUAAGUGGCAGAAAAGCAUAAACCCGAAAAGCGAUUCACAUCCAGCACAUCACGACGUUGCCGUAUUAUUAACAAGGAAGGAUAUUUGUGCAGGUAGAAACAGUCCAUGUGAAACACUGGGCUUGUCUCAUCUAUCAGGCAUGUGUCAGCCAUACAGGAGCUGCAACAUCAACGAAGACUCUGGCCUUCCCAUGGCGUUUACCAUUGCUCAUGAGAUUGGGCACAGCUUCGGAAUCCAGCAUGACGGACAAGGCAACGAUUGCGAAUCUACAGGAGGACAACCAUACAUAAUGUCCCGACAACUGCAAUACGACACCUCACCGCUGACAUGGUCCCCCUGCAGCAAAGAAUAUAUCACACGUUUUUUAGAUCGAGGCUGGGGAUCCUGCCUUGAUGACUUACCAGCAAAGAAAGACUUCAAGCUUCCAUUAAUCGCCCCUGGAGUCCUGUAUGGUGUCAAUCACCAGUGCCAGCUACAAUACGGACCCAACUCUACCUUCUGUGAACUAGUCGAUAACGUUUGCCAGACCUUGUGGUGUUCGGUAAAGGAUUCAUGCAGAUCUAAACUCGAUGCUACAGCAGAUGGGACCAGAUGUGGUGAAAAUAAGUGGUGCAUCAAUGGUGCAUGUGUUACUGUAGGAAAACAACCGGACACUGUGAAUGGAGGCUGGGGAAUGUGGACGUCAUGGUCACACUGUACAAGAACUUGUGGGGCCGGGGUACAGAGUGCAGAGAGGAAAUGUAACAACCCUGAGCCAAAGUUUGGUGGGAAAUAUUGUACUGGGGAAAGGAAGCGGUACAGAAUGUGCAAAACAAACCCCUGUCCUAAGAACCAGCUGUCCUUCCGUCAGAUGCAGUGCGCUGAGUUUGAUACUGUAGUUUAUAAAAAUGAGCUGCAUACAUGGUAUCCCAUAUACAACACAGCUAAUCCCUGCGAACUACAUUGCCGAAAUGCUGAAGCUAAUUUUGUUGACAAGCUCCUUGAUGCAGUCAUUGAUGGGACUCCGUGUUUCGAAGGAAACGAGAGCAGAGACGUCUGCAUUAAUGGCAUGUGUAAGAGCGUGGGCUGUGACUUUGAAAUAAAUUCCAAUGCCACCGAGGACCGAUGUGGAAUAUGUCUGGGAGAUGGAUCGAGCUGCCAGACAGUCAGGAAAACAUUUGAUCAAAGUGAUGGUUUUGGGUAUAUUGAUAUCGGUGUUAUUCCGAAAGGUGCGAGAGCAAUAAAAAUAGAAGAGGUUGCCGCUGCAGGAAAUUUCCUUGCAAUAAGAAGCGAAGACUCUGAAAAAUAUUACUUGAACGGCGGCUUCAUUAUACAAUGGAUAGGCGACUACAAGGUGGCAGGGACGACGUUUCAUUACGAGAGGAGUGGUGAUCUGGAGAACCUGACCGCCGCGGGACCCACUAAUGAGUCAAUCUGGAUCCAGCUUCUAUUUCAGGAAAGCAACCCAGGGGUUAAAUACGAAUACAUUAUCCAAAAAGAUGUCGGCUCGGACAAUGAGGUUGGGUUGGUUUACGCUUGGAAGUACGGAAGUUGGUCAGACUGCAGUGCAACGUGUGGAGCUGGUGUUCAGCGCCAGGUUGCCAGAUGUGUUAGCAGAGGAAAAGGUGUGGUGAAAAAUACCUUUUGUGAACCGAAUGAGCAGCCGAUGCCAAGGCAGAAGAAGUGCAACCUUCAGGACUGCCCAGCCAGGUGGUGGACUGGGGAAUGGCAGGAAUGCUCCACUACCUGUGGACCAACUGGUGAGAAGAAGAGAACGGUCCUGUGUAUCAGAACAGUGGGGUCAGAUGAACAGGCUCUCCCAUCAAUGGACUGCCACCAUCUCUCCAAACCUAAGAACUAUACAUCCUGCAACAGAGAUAUUUCAUGUCCAUCCGACUGGUCAGUGAGCAACUGGACUGAGUGUUCUGUCACAUGUGGAGGUGGCAUACGAAUCCGUAAUGUGACCUGUACAAAAAAUAACAACGAAUCAUGUGACCCAUCCAAGAAGCCCUACUCGAAAGCCCUCUGCGGGCUUCAGCAGUGCCUACUCCAGAAAAGAACAGCCCAACUUCCUAUCAAAUACAAGAAUCUCAAAACCCCCAUCAAAAUUUACCACAAGAUUUCAGAUGGACCCAAGAAACGUUUCUUUCUCCUCAAAAAGAAACCCAGCUUUCCUUCACCCACUAAAGCUCCCAAGGAAAGUGUGGAGAUUACUUCAUCGUUUACUACGGCUUCAAAGCUUCCUGCUGUCAACUCCAUAGAAGAUGAAUUUCAGAUCUAUGACAUCCCAAAUUCCACCCACUUUAAUGUGGUUCACAAAUAUAACUUUGUCCUCGUGUCCAGUAACAAGAAGAAAAUUAGUGCCAAUUUGACAAAGAGUCUUCCAAACCUCAAAAAAGCAAAUGAAAGCCUAAUAAUAGGCAACGAGAGCUUAACAACACAAAGAGACCUUGACCUGGUCUUCAAUGCAACCAGCUCUCCACCCAAUGCUACUCAAUUCCAAAGCGUAACACCAAGCUAUGACUUUCUAACUCAAUCAGAAACCCGUACGGACACUCGGGAAACUGCUGUACCAACCGAGGACCCAGAUAUCCACUACGAUGCUGAAAAUAACAAUAUCAUCGAAUCUAGAAGUAAGAGGCACAAGGGUAGGGUCAAGGUUCCCCAGGAGAACCACAUGACGGCCACAGACCACCCUCAGUCGUCAACUCCUGUUAUGUUCACCACUGAAAUUUCAAGACUUCUCCGCCUAGGGGCAACGCCUGAAAGUUCUACCGAAAAUACUUCAUAUGAGGACAUCAUUGAGCAGGAUCCAGAGCUUAUAGACUUGGCCAACCAUGAUCAUCUGCCAGUGCCUGGCCUAAAUAUCUCCCAGGAGCCAUCUCUAGAUAAUAUACUGAACUCCACAGAAAGCGGAAACUUUACCGAGCCAUCUGAAAAUCAGACAAGCGGUGUCCACUGGAUAGUGGGAAACUGGAGUGAGUGCUCCACGACAUGCGGAAUGGGAGCGUUCUGGAGAAAGGUGGAGUGUAGCACGGGCCUAGAAGCAGAUUGUGGACACAUUAAAAAACCUGAUCCUGCCAGAAGAUGCCACCUCCGUCCAUGUGCACACUGGAAAACCGGAAACUGGUCCAAGUGCUCAACCAAUUGUGGCGGUGGAUACAUGACCAGAGAGAUACAGUGCAUCGAUAUCCGUGAAAACCGACCUCUGCGACCGUUUCAUUGUCAGUCCCAUGAACACAACCCGCUGCAGAACACUUCCUGUAAUCCGGAGCCGUGUCUGUCGUGGCUUGCCAAACCUUGGAGUGAGUGUUCAAAGACCUGCGGCAAUGGUGUCCGCCAGCGAGAAGUAUUCUGUCCCAAGGAGAAUCGAUGUGAUUUGAAAAAAAGCCCAAUUGUUAUAUUAAACUGUAGCCGGGACCCAUGUGUCAGAUGGGAAGCCAGCAACUGGACAGAGUGUUCGGCAUCAUGUGGAGAGGGUGCUCAGCAAAGAUCCGUGCAAUGUGUUGAUACGGAUAAUAACCGCACUGUGAACAGCAGUUUUUGCGAAAAAGAACCCAAACCUCAGGAAGGUAUUGUGUGCAAUAUCAAGGAAUGCUCCAAAAUCCCAGAUGCACCUUGCAAAAAAGACAAGUUGUCAAUUAAUUUCUGCAAUACUGUGAAAUCUAUUGGAAAAUGUACUUUGAAAUCGAUUCAGUCGCAAUGCUGCUUCACAUGUGGAAGCAGCGAGGAUGUUCUUCAUGGCGGCUGAGUCUGUUUAUCCAUCAAGACCGCUCACACAGUCUGUACUGCAUAAACGAAUAACCAAGUAUCACGUGCCGCGACAUAUAACAUUCAGGAACCGCAGUGCAAUUCCUUCUACUGCCAGUAGGUGUUGCUAUUUGUGUCAUCACAUUGUUUAAAGCAGUGUUUCCCAACCAGGGUAUCUCCAGCUGUUGCAAAACUACAACUCCCAACAUGCCCGGACAGCCAAUGGCUAUGACUUUUUUGCAUCCAAACUGCUUUGAUUAGGAUGAAGUCAAAAUUCCUCUGGCCUUUACGGCAGUAGCUGAUUUAUCAAAUGCGACAAUUUAAAAUUGCGUGAAAUUUCUGCACAAUCUUACGCCAGUCUGGACCACACUCACUUAGACCUAAUGUGAUGUACACAUGGAAAAACAGCAUGAAAAACCGCUUCAAAUAUACAAACCAGGGUAACAAUGGAAUCUUUUACAUAACUGGUUCUGAAUGCUUACAAGUAGGACACACACAGUUACUAUCUCCCUUACUUGGCUGGCCAGUCACAGCACAACACCAAACACACUACUCUCUGCUAUGCGAUGACAUAGGCUAGGGAAUGUGCAUGGAACAGGCUUGCACUAUGCUGGGCUGAUGAUUUACACACAGUACAGUACUAUAGAUAAUAAUAAUAACACAAUUUAUAUAGCGCCAACAUAUUUCACAACAUUUUACAGUUCUGAGGGUACAUAAUAAAAAUUAGCUACAGGCACGCAUGAUGUAUGCACAGAAAAACUGCAUGAAAAAUCGCUUCAAAAAUCCAAACCUGAUAAAUUAACCCCCCCCCCCCACCACGACCACCACCACCACCACACAAAAAAAAUACUUUUACUGUGUGCGUACGUGUAAGGAAGUGAGGGCACACAGUGGUUAGGGGAGCACCACACAGCAACAGUGCCCCCAUAUGGUAGUUAGGGCCCCACACUGCCCCUAUAUAGUAGUUAGGCCCCCUCUGUACCCCAUAUAAUAGCUAGGCCCCCAACACUGCCCCAUAUAGUAGUUGGGCCCCCUCUGUGCCCUCAUAAAGUAACUAGGCCCCUCACACUGCCCCUAUAUAUUAGUUAGGCCCCUUCUAUGCCCCCUUCACAAUAGAAGGUCCCCUCUGUGUUCCCUUUACAAAAUAAGGGCCCCUUCUGUGCCCCUUUACAAUAAAAGGUCCCCCUAUAUGGCUGGCUCCUUUGCAAUAUAAUGUUUCCCUCUAUGCCCCUUUACAAUAAAAGGUGCCCCUAUGUGCCCCCUUUACAAUAUAAUGUUUCCCUCUGUGCCCUCUUUACAAUAUAAGGUCCCUUUCUGUGCCCCUUUACAAUAUAGGAUCCCCUUCAAUAAUGAGGGGACACAGUAGUCAGGGGAGCAUUUUGGUGCCUUUGUUCCAGCGAUGGGUGGAGCGGAGUCUCAGCAGCUGGACCCCUCACCGAUUCUCUAUGACACCUCCAGAAAUUAUGUGAACGUUUAGGUCCACUUUAAUAAUGGUAUGCAGGUAGGGAAUAUGGGAGUCACUUCAUUUUAAAGGUAUAUUCACACAGGGCCGGGUUUAUAGUGAGUUUGAGCAGCGGCGGAAAAUCCACAGAUUAGAUUGUUUUCAAUGGAAUCGGUUGCAGAUUUUUCACUGCGUAAAUUCUGUUAAAACCUGCCGCCUCUCAACUUCACAGCUAGAAACUCACUGUAAACCAGCCCAUGUGAACGUACCAAAAAAUAGAAUUUUGGAUAUUCUCCUUUAUAUUGUCUGUUCAGAAUCAUCGAAAUGUAACAUAACCUCAGGUAAAAUGCCCCCCUACUGAGUAUUCAGGGUAUUGGCUUCUCGCUUCUUGUAUACCCCUUAAGGCAAAGUUUCCACUUGUUUUUUUUUUCUGGCAGUUUUUGGAAUACUGCCACUGCAGUUUUUGAGCCAAAGCCAGAAAUGUAUUCAAAAGGAAUAGGACAUAUAAAGGAAGGACUUACACUUCUCCUCCCUUAUGGAUCCACUUCUGACUUUGGUAAAAAAACAAAUGGAAAAUUAGCCUAAAGGACUAUUACAGCUCUGGCAAGCGCAUAGGUUCAGUUUUACAACACAGUUUUGGAGAAGAAAUGUAGAAGAGAACAUAUCAUCUCUGCAAACCAGGCGCCAUUUCUAUAAAUGUCAAUGCCUCUGGCACCAUUUCUGCCCUUUUGGACACUGACCCCCCUCCGGACCCUAUACCUUAGUUUCCUUAAUCCAGUGUUUUCCAACCAAUGUGCCUCCAGCUGUUGCAAAAGUUUUGCUAAAUCUGAAGGCGCCCUGGUUGGAAAAUGCUGCCUUAUAGGAUCGGGCAGCUUAUAGGUUUACUAUCAUAUAAAAAAAACUUUGGCAGGUUGCCCAGACAUGUCCACUGCAAUAACUGGUUAUAAGUUAGGGAAGUCCACUGCAUCACGCUCCACACUCCAGCCAGACGGCAGAUCCGACCUUUUUGCUACAAAUACUGACAUAGCAAAAAGGUCGGAUUUGAUUGACAGCCAGGAAGUAAGGCUUGUGCUUCCUUAAACUUCCCCAACUUAUAACUUGAGAUCGCAGCUGGUCUCAGGAGUGGCACCAAGUGUGAUCAAUACUGUCUGGCCAACAUGUCAUUUUUUUAAAUGAUAGUAAUCCUUUAAGUGUCUAUUCACACAUACAAUAUCCUGCGCAUAUUUCAUGCGCAGGAUUUAAUGCUGUAGAAUUGAAGCUGUCUACAUUGAACUCUGCAGCUUCAAUAUGCAUAGGAUAGAAUAGAAUAGACCUAAAGUGGUUUUUACAGGGCUAGAAACAUAGGAACAAAUGGCGCCACUCUUGUUCCAUUUAUUGGGGGUAGCACAAUGGCUCAGUGGUUGGCACUGUUGCCUUGCAGCUGGGUCCCGCUGCAAGGAGUUUGUCUGUUCUUCCUGUGUUUUCAUGGAUUUCGAUCUGGAAUUUAGAAUGUGAGCCCCAAUGGGGACAGGGACCUAUUUGAGUAAUGGCAUGCUCUGUACAGCGCUGUGGAACAUGUUAGCGCUAUAUAAAGAGAGGAAUUAUUAUAGGUUUUUCCCCAUUGAACAGACUUCAGCUCUUCAGAAAACACCUCAACUGGGAUUAUAGGUCAAAUCCCUUUUGCCUCAUGGAACUGUGUCUCAAAAAAAAAAAAACGCUCUUUGAAUAAGAAAAUACAUGGAAACUGCAGUGUGAACUGACUCCAACCCACUUAUUAGUCUAAAGAGCUCAUCUAGGUGAUCUCUAGCACCAGUAGUCUAAUCAGAUGACCAGCUGGAGUGAUCAAAUACCUGACCCUAAACCAUAGGAUUCAGGUGAAAUGCAGUUUCCUAUCCCAUGCCUGUCACAUCAGCAAAAUGAGGUAAGCAAGAGGCAUACUCAGCAACUCUACAUUAUUCUAAGUAAAAAAAAAAAUCCCAGAGUGCUUCUUUAAAGGGGUACUCCCGUGCCCCAGCCUUCUGAACAUCCGGUUCAGAAGGCUGCGGCAAGGGAGUACCCCAUUAAUACAACUAACUUGUCUACUAUCGUCAGAACAAAAAGGUCAGAUAACCACAUUACUAUAAAUGUAUCCAUCCAUGAAAAUAAGCAAAGAUGGCCGUCCUGACUUGGUUUACAGUUGUAUAAAGAAUAUUGUUUACGUACACAAAUAAGCGAAACCCUCUGGUACGCGUGUACAACAUCUACAAUAUCAGGUGCUAUUUAUACCUAAUGUACGUAUAGAUUCUACAUCAGCAUUGUGAAGGUGCUAAAUACCAAAUGGUGCUAAAACCGAAGGUGCUAAUAUCACGACCAAACUCACAU